AUAGUUUCCGGUAGUAUGGCGACUGCAUCCCUCAAUGCUCACACUGCUUCCCUUUAGUUUCUCCAAGGAGGUGCUGAGAGCCAGUGUGGUUCCUUCCAUGUGGCUUGAGGGAAUAUGCUGCUGCUAGUAGCUCUGUGGCUAGUCUGUAUUUAUAAAACCACCUCCACCGCAGACAGUGGCCAGGACACAAGCCACAAACCACAGCUCGACUACGGCAGCCUGGCACUGCCCCAGCAGCAUAUUCCAUUCUAUCUGCACAACAACAAGCGUGUGGCCAAACUCUGCAAAGAGGACCCGCUUUGCCCUUUUAAAGAUGCUCUGCUGCACAGGAAGGCCUGCUGGGGUUAUGAAAAGAAUUGCUCUCCAGAGCACAGGUUCAGCUAUCCUGUGUGUACCAUUCUUGAUUCGGGAUGGGCUAGUUCUAUUCAGGCCGCCCAGGAAUUGUUCUGGAAGCAGGCAGAUUUUGGCUAUGUGGGAGAGCGACUCAGUGAGAUGAAGACAUUGUGCAAGCCAUUAAGUCCUGGAGAUUCUUCUCUGAAGUGCACAAGUCAUAUGCGGUUCUGCAGGGCCACAAAUCUGUACCUGGACUUGAGGAAUCCCCGCAGAGGUCAUGAGAGGUAUAAAGAGGAUUUCCUGGAAAAGGGUGAGAUUGGUGGUCACUGCAGUCUUAAUAGUAAAGCACUAACCUCUGAAGGGACACACAAAAGUCCUCUUCAGUCUUGGUUUGCUGAAUUGCAGACAUACUCCGAGCUUGACUUCCUCCCCUCAGUUGAUGAGCAUUGUGAUGUCAUAAUCGAUAGACCCACUGUCUUCAUGAAGCUGGAUGCAGGAGUUAACAUGUACCAUCACUUCUGUGACUUUGUUAACCUAUACAUCUCCCAACACCUGAACAAUUCCUUCAGCCGUGACAUAAACAUUGUCAUGUGGGACACGAGUGCGUAUGGGUAUGGAGACCUGUUCAGUGAAACAUGGCAGGCUUUUUCGGAUUAUGACACAAUUCACCUCAAAAACUUUGACUCCAAAAGGGUGUGUUUCAGAGAUGCAUUUUUCUCUCUCCUUCCAAGAAUGCGAUAUGGUCUUUUCUACAACACCCCCCUUAUCUCUGACUGCCACAGUGAGGGGAUGUUCAGGGCAUUUUCCCAGCAUGUCCUUUAUCGACUCAAUGUCCCGCAAGAGGGACCCAAGGAGGGCCAAGUUCGUGUCACACUGUUGGCAAGAAGCACUGAGUACCGUAGGAUAAUAAACCAGCAGGAGCUUAUAAAUGCACUGAAGACGGUGCCUUUAUUUGAGGUCAAACUGGUGGAUUACAAAUACAAAGAGAUGCCGUUUCUGGAGCAGAUCCACAUCACACACAACUCUGAUAUCUUCAUUGGGAUGCAUGGAGCCGGACUGACGCACCUCCUCUUCCUUCCCGACUGGGCCGUCAUAUUUGAAUUGUACAACUGUCAAGAUGAGAGCUGCUACCGUGAUCUGGCCCGACUGAGGGGAGUCCAAUAUAUGACUUGGCAGAAAAGGGACAAAGUGUUCCCCCAGGAUAAGGGUCAUCACCCUACUAUUGGAGAACAUCCUAAGUUUACCAACUACUCUUUUGAAUUAGAGGAGUUCAUGCGGUUAGUCCUGCUGGCGGCUGAACAUGUGACCCGGCACCCAGAGUGGCGUGCAAAACAAGCCAGAGAUGAGCUGUAGGCCAUAAGCCAGCAGAGCAUACACAUAGCUGAACACACUCAAACUAUCCCUCCACUCCUAAAAUUGUAGCUACGCUUUACCUACUAAAGUGUCUAAUAUGUGAAUGCACAUUUUAAAUUAAGAUUGUGUGAGUGUAUGUGUUUUAUAUAUUUAGUUUGCGCUGUUAUUGAUUCUCUGGCUGUUAUGGUGGCACCUGGAGGUACUGAGUAGCUCACUAAUGAGCGCACACCUCACAACUUUAUUGGAAGGUAUAUUGGUUUGAAUGGUCAUUUUGGUGUUCUAAUAUACCUCUCCUCAAGUAUGUGUGGACAUUGAGCUUUUGUUUUUGCUGAGGCUACACUUUAUAGCUGAUUUGAGUGGAGUUCUAUGAUUUGUUUUAGAAUGACUUUGAUUAGAAUUUUUUAACCCAAGAAGCAAAUUCUAGGUCAUCAGAUCAUUCCAAGCAUUGAAAACAUACACCGACAUAAACCACGCUGGACAGUUGUGGUGAGAACAAUAUAAUCUCAGGACGCUAUUCUGAGGUGCAAGUUGGCGCUGUUUUGGCGGCACAAGGAGGACCUACACAAUAUUAGGCAGGUGGUUUUAAUUUUGUGGCUUUGUGAUUAAGUAAUCUAUAUUUGGGUACAGAACAGCUGUUGAGUAUGUGCAUUGGCACAUACUUUGGUGCAGUGCUGCCCAAAACUAUUCUCGGACUCUUUGUGACUCUUGCAUUAGUGUAGUUGAUUACUUUAUUUCGUAUAACACUCAAGUCACAUUUACAGAAUAUUACUUUUAAUUAUUAAUAUUAAUGGAGAUUACUUGAGUUUCAAAUUUAUGCAUUUAUGUAGCCAGGGAAAGUUGUAAUUUUUUAAAGUGAAAUCUAUGUUUCCAGUCCUGUUGCUCUCAUUGAAGUAUUCAUUCAGUAUUCUAUUUUCCAAGUUUCUUUUUUUUUUUUUUUUCAGUAUUUCGAUUCUCAGACACUCCAAAAAUUAUAUUUGAUCAGAAUUGAUUUCUGAAUUUAUUUCUGAAUUGUAAGUUCUUUUCCUAUUCUUGUUUUAGUUCAAUCUACUUCAUGAUUUUCUUAUAAUUAUGUUUUAAAGAAUAUAAUUUGGGGUUUUGAUACUGACCAUUUUGAAUUGUAAUACAUUUGGAAAUUGAAAUUAAGCUAUUUAAAACAUUUUGUAUAGAGGUUUCAUCAUUAUACCAUUCUCACAUACAGUACAUUGACAAAUAAAUAAAAUGUUAUUUAUGAAAUUUACGUAAUCUGUUUGUAAUCAUAAAUCAUUUUAUGAGAGCUUGAUCCAUGUGCCUUUCAACAAGGUUCAUCAAAAGCUUAUUAGGAUUCAGUAUUUAUAGGCUAUAUAUAUGAAAAGGUAUAUCAAAUUUACAAUUAAAAAAUGCACUGGUUCAUAUAGUUCUGGAGUGCAUUAAAGGGCUAGUUCAGCCAAAAAUGAAAAUUCUCUCAUUAUUUACUCACCCUCAUCCCAUCCCAGAUGUGUAUGACAUUCUUUCUUCUGCUGAACACAAAGGAAGAUAUUUAGAAAAUCUGAGCACUGUUGGUCCAUUCAGUGCAAGUGAAUGGUAACAAGAACUUUGAAGCUCAAAAAGCACAUAAAGGUUGCAUAAAAGUAAUCCAUAAGACUCCAGUGUUUAAAUCCAUAUCUUCAGAAGUGAUAUGAUAGGUGUGGGUAAGAAAUGGAUCAAUAUUUAAGUCUUUUUACUAUAAAUUCCCAGUAGGUUGCGAUGUGCACGAAGAAUGUGAAUCGCUAAAAAAAUGGAAGAAGAAAAACUCUAAGAAGUGAGUGCUUAGGAGGGCUGGUGAAAAUGAACAUUAUAGUGAAAAAAGGACUUAAUAUUGUUCUGUUUAUCACCCACAUCUAUCAUAUAGCUUCUGAAGACAUGGAUUUAACCACUGGAGUUGUUUUGAUUAAUUAAAUGCUGCAUUUAUGUGCAUUUUGGAGCUUCAAAGUUCUGUUCACCAUUCACUUGCAUUGAUUGGACCAACAAAGUAACUUUCUAAAAAUCUUUGUUUGUGUUCAGCAGAAGACAGUCAUACACAUCUGGGAUGGCAAGAGAUAAUUUUCAUUUUUUUUUAAUGAACAUUUACUUAAAGGUAAAAUUUUUGCCCAAAAUGUCUGCAGAGUGUGAAUUUUUUGUUUGUUUUGUUUUGGUGAGGGGUGAUGGGUUAGUGGAUGAAGGUGAUUUCAGACCAAGGAGCUCUAGGGUCAGGCAAUGAAGUGGCUUCUAUUAACAAGCAGCAAGCAACCAUAAUGAUAUGUGGUGCAAGAAGAGAGCAACAUGUAAAGUUGAACAUGAAAACCUCCUCAAUUUGGUUUUACCAAAGCACACAAUAAGAUACUUUCAAAAACAUUGUGAGCAAAAUCUUCAGGAUUCAAGAAGCUUCAAUAAAUAGCACAACUUCUCUUCUGGUAACAAUGUUGAAAGUGUUAAUUUUAUGCAUCCUUGAUUUUUUUUUUUUAAAGGGUGAAAAAAAAAUGAUUGUGAAAAAAAAAUGUCACGUGCCUAGGUGGUGAUGAGCCCUGUCUUUCAACCAUGUGGAAAUUAUUUGUUUUAUAUGUAGUCUGUCUUUCGUUUUCUGUGU